AUGUCGGCUGCACAACUCCUCAACCCAAAGGCCGAGUCCCGAAGGAGGGGCGAAGCUCUGAAGGUCAAUAUCAGUGCUGGUGAAGGCCUACAGGAUGUCCUCAAGUCCAACUUGGGCCCUCGAGGCACCAUUAAGAUGCUUGUUGACGGUGCGGGUCAGAUCAAGUUGACCAAGGACGGAAACGUUCUCCUCCGCGAGAUGCAAAUACAAAACCCUACCGCCGUUAUGAUUGCCCGAGCAGCGACCGCCCAGGACGAUAUUUGCGGUGACGGAACCACCUCAGUUGUUAUGCUGGUCGGCGAGCUUCUCAAGCAGGCAGACCGUUACAUCUCGGAAGGACUGCACCCUCGAAUUAUCACUGAUGGUUUUGAGGUUGCCAAGAUCGAGGCCCUCAAGUUCCUCGACUCUUUCAAGCUCGCCAAGGAGGUUGACCGAGAACUCCUCCUCAGUGUCGCUCGUACUUCGCUUACCACCAAGCUUAACGCUACCCUGGCCCAGAAGCUUACCCCCGAUAUUGUCGAUGCCGUUCUUGCUAUUUACCAGGAGGGCGCAAAGCCCGAUCUACACAUGGUUGAGAUUAUGAAGAUGCAGCACCGAACAGCUGCCGACACUCGCUUGAUCCGUGGACUGGCCCUCGAUCACGGUGCUCGUCACCCCGAUAUGCCUAAGCGACUCGAGAACUGUUACAUCCUUACCAUGAACGUCAGUCUGGAGUAUGAGAAGACCGAGAUUAACUCUAGCUUCUUUUACUCCAGCGCCGAGCAGCGUGAUAAGCUUGUUGAGAGUGAGCGUCGCUUUGUCGAUGCCAAGCUCAAGAAGAUCGUCGAUCUCAAGAAGGAGCUCUGCGGCAACGAUGGAACAAAGAACUUUGUCGUCAUCAACCAGAAGGGUAUCGACCCCCUUUCUCUUGACGUCCUCGCCAAGAACAACAUUCUGGCUCUCCGACGAGCCAAGCGCAGAAACAUGGAGCGUCUUCAGCUUGUUUGUGGCGGUGUUGCCCAGAACAGUGUCGAUGACUUGUCCGAAGAGGUUCUGGGUUACGCUGGUCUCGUCUACGAGCAGACUCUGGGAGAGGAGAAGUACACCUUCGUUGAGGAGGUCAAGGACCCCAAGUCCGUUACUCUUAUGAUCAAGGGCCCCAAUGCCCACACCAUUGCCCAGGUGACAGAUGCCGUCCGAGACGGUCUUCGAAGUGUCUACAACAUGAUCGUCGACAAGUCUGUUGUUCCUGGAGCUGGUGCGUUCCAGGUCGCCUGUGCUUCUCACCUCAAGAGUGACGCCUUUGGCAAGACUGUCAAGGGUAAGGCUAAGUGGGGUGUUGAGGCUUUCGCCGAUGCUCUUCUCAUUAUUCCCAAGACCCUGGCUGCCAACGCUGGCCUUGACAUCCAGGAUGCUCUUGCGGAUCUCCAAGAUGAGUACGCCGACGGCAACGUCGUCGGUCUUAACCUCGAGACUGGUGAACCCAUGGACCCUGAGCUGGAGGGUAUCUACGAUUCUUACCGAGUUCUGCGAAAUUGCAUUGCUUCUAGCUCAAGCAUUGCAUCCAACCUGCUUCUAUGUGACGAGUUGUUGAAGGCUCGACAGAUGGGCAGAGCAGGCGGCCCUGGGCCUGGCAUGGAUGGACCUAAUGAUCACAUGUAG